AUGAGCGCCCAGCAGCCUUCAGUAAUUCCCUCCUCGGUGACCGACUCCGUCCUCCAGAGCUCGCAACCGGUCCCAGAGGGAUCUCACGUGGUGAGCGGGGUGGAUUUUGAUAAGUUUCAAGGACGAGAUAUCACUGUCGCAGAGAUGGUGGACAACUUGGCCCAUACCGGUUUCCAGGGCAGCGCGGUCGCCGAGGCUGCUCAAAUCAUCAAUGAAAUGCGCGCCUUCCGUGAUCCCGAGACGGGAAACAAAACCACCAUCUUCCUCGGCUAUACAUCGAACUUGAUUUCAUCCGGUCUUCGGGACACCCUACGUUAUUUAGUCAAGCAUAACCAUGUCUCCGCCAUUGUGACCACUGCUGGGGGUGUGGAGGAGGAUUUGAUCAAAUGCUUAGCGCCCACAUAUCUCGGAUCAUUCUCGACUCCCGGUGCUGGGCUUCGUGCUAAGGGCCUCAACCGCAUUGGCAACCUUAUCGUGCCCAACAAUAACUACUGUUCUUUCGAGGACUGGCUCGUGCCCAUUUUGGACAAGAUGUUGGAGGAGCAGGAGGCUGCAAAGAUCAAGGCUCGGGAGACUGGGGAUGAGGAGGACGAGCUUCACUGGACACCAAGCCGCAUCACCGAACGAUUGGGUCGUGAGAUCGACCACGAGGAUUCAGUUCUGUACUGGGCAGCCCGGAAUGGAAUCCCCGUAUUCUGUCCCGCCCUGACAGAUGGAUCCCUGGGUGACAUGCUUUACUUCCACACCUUCAAGUCUUCCCCACAACGACUCCGAGUGGAUAUUGUGGAUGACGUGCGCCGUAUCAACACCAUGGCUGUUCGAGCGACACGCGCCGGCAUGAUCAUCUUGGGAGGCGGGGUGGUCAAGCACCACAUUGCCAAUGCAUGUCUGAUGCGCAAUGGAGCCGAACACGCAGUGUAUGUGAAUACCGCGCAGGAGUUCGAUGGUAGUGAUGCGGGUGCGCGGCCGGAUGAAGCGGUGAGCUGGGGCAAGAUCAAGGUGGAUGCCAAGUCUGUCAAGGUCUAUGCUGAGGCCACGGCAGUAUUCCCUAUGAUUGUGGCUGCUUCAUUUGCUCGUGCCGAAUCGACACAUAAUUGA